UUUGGUUGUCAACAUUGAUAGAUGAUAUGCUGUUGUGUACGAAUAAAUUGUUUAUCUAAUCACAAACUUGUCAAUAAAAUCCUUUCUUACACUCAUCAAGAAGAGGAAUAAUUAAUAAGAUAAUUAAAGUCAAACAGAUAGAUGCAUAGUCAUUCACAGAAUCAAGAUGUUAGUGUUAGUCUAUUUGUUUGGAACUCUUACACAAGUUUUUGGCUUUUACGCCAAAUGGGGAGUAUGGAAUCCGAUAGUACCUGGUUGGUACCCUGGAGGUAAAGGGUGGAUCCCUCCUUUCAACGGAUUUGCAGGAGUCAGUGACGGUUGGCCUGGCAAACCUAAAAGCAUACUAGAUCUUGCCUCGCUCGUGUUGCCCUCGUCAUGUGGUCAAAGAUACAUAUCUACAUUGUCCACAGCGACAGGAGAACCGUUAACAGAAUCUAGGGUUUUUAUUGUUGGAGGAAGAGAGGCGAUUCCAAAUUCCUGGCCUUGGCAGGUCUCCAUUAAAAAAAAUGGCGGCCACUGGUGCGGCGGAUCUCUCAUUAACAACCAGUGGGUACUAACAUCCGCGCACUGCAACUUUACCGAUUCCAGUGACAACUUCAUUGAAAGAGUUAUACUUGGGGAGCAUGAUUUGACAAGAAGAAGUGGUAGAGAAGUGGUCAGAUCUGCGAUAAUCUUCAGAUAUCCCAACUACCCUGGCAGACUAUCUUAUGUGAACGAUAUCGCUUUAUUGAAGUUGUCAUAUCCAGUGAAAUUCAACAUGUUCAUCUACCCAAUCUGCUUACCUUACCCCGGUACCGUGUUUACACCAGCAGACGACUGCUGGGCGACAGGAUGGGGUGAAACCAGAGGCACUGGAGAAGCUACAAGACUGAAUGAGAUACGGUUGCCGGUUACUAGCAAUGCUGAAUGUGCGAUCGGACGAAGACCUUAUCAUAUAUUAAACACUCAUAUCUGCGGUGGAACUGGAGCUACAGGCGUCUGUUUUGGAGAUUCUGGUGGUCCUUAUUCAUGUCUAAGAAGGGGUCAGUAUCAAUGGGAGCUUGCUGGGAUUCCGGCAUUGACAACGUGGACCUGUAUGUCCGAAGGAGAGCCGAAUGUAUUUACAAGAGUCUCGGAAUUCAUGCACUGGAUUGUACAUACUAUCUUACAAAAUAUGUAGAACCCGUCUGAAUGCCUGCAGGUUGUCGAGUAAUUAACAAAAAAGAAUCUUAAAAAGAUAUUUGUCGUAAUUGUGGUUUGAUUUAUAUACAUCAGAAACAGAUCUGCUUCGGACGUUACAUAUUUGCAACCCAUACCAACCUCCUGCAAAAUCUCGAAUUUCCAUCUGGCAUAAAAUACAUAACUUGCAACGAGAAGAAAUUGAAACAUGCAAUAAAGUGAAACAUGUUUUGUUUUUUUUCAAAUAAAACCUUCAAGAUAAAAUCAUGAGAAUUACA